CCGGUACCGCUGGUUUAACCCUCCUCUUCCAUAAUGUAUAUGCAGUAUGGAGUUCGUGCUAUCUGUGGUGAUGGUGUCGCUAAGGGGAGCAGGAGGGAGGAGGAGGGAGGAGGAGGGAGGAGGGAGGAGGAGGGAGGAGGAGCGGAGGAGGAGCGGAGGAGGACGGAGGAGGACGGAGGAGGACGGAAGAGAAGGGAGGAGAAGGGAGGAGAAGGGAGGAGGGAGGAGGAGUGGAGAACAGGAGGGAGGGAGAUACGGUACGAGGGACGACCAAGAAGUGGGCAACGAAGGCGGGGAGCAGCGAGGGGAAGGGGACGAAGGUGGGAGAAGCGGGAGACCGACGAAGGAGGGAGGGAGGGACAUGGCGAGACAUCGUCGGUGUACGGCAGCCGCAGGACACCAUCGGCUCGAAGCAGUGACGGGAAGCGGCAGCGGGCAGCCAUGAAGCCCGGAGUUAUCACGUGCCAUUUAUGCGGCAAGGUUGGGCAUUAUGCUCGAAACUGUUGGUCAGUUGGUAAUGGGAGGCCCACCUCAGUUCCACCGACCACUACAACUGACCCGCAAGACGAUGAGACGAAAGAGAUGAAAGAGUGCAUUCGCAAGAAGAUAAGGAAGCGGAAGGCAGACCUGGAAAGGAAGGAAAAAGAGGAGGAAGAGAAGAAAAGGAGCGAGGAGGAGAAUAGGAGAGAACAGGAUAGACUGAAAGAAGCGGAAGCUAGGGAAGCUCGUAUGGAGGCUCGAUUGGUACGACUCUUGGCACAGCACACCAAGACAGUUGACAGAGGAGAAUCAUUAGUAGGGAAGAAGAAAUCUCCCAAGACCAAGGCGAGAAUGCUCCGGGAAAUCAGGAGUUAUCUCGUUGAAUCAGAUGAUGAUAGUGAGGAGGUUAGAGAGGAAGCUGGGAAACUGAUCGAGGCGAUAGGGAAAGGGAAGGGGAAGAGGAGAGAAGUCGUGGGAGGUGUGGUUUCGAGAAACCAGCGCCAAGGUCAGCGCAACGAUCCGGUGAAGAUUGAAGAAGAUGAUGAAGUGAGAACACCCCCAGCUGGUAGGGGAGGAGCUGGACCUGAUGUUGCUAACAGCGAUAUGUUAGAUUUCGCCAUUGAAAUGCACCGACAUUUGUCGGGGAAGAAGGUUCCGGAGCUUAGAAAGUUGUGUAAUCGUGAGGGUAUUGAGUGGUCCAAACGUGACGUGGCGAUCGGGGAACUGGUUAGGUGCAAGGCCAAGCUUGCCUACGGGGAGUUCGUCGAGAGCGGUAGGAUUUCCUCUAUUUUUGAAAGGAAGAACGUACUCCGUGAUUUGAUGAAGCGUCCUGGUAACAUUCGGAAAAUAUACAAGCUUGGCUCAGAAGAGAUCGUCAAUCUGUAUAGGACUGCUGGUUUGUUCAGCGAGAAGAAGACUCGGAAUCACUUGAGAUACAUGAUUUCGAACGUCGCGAGGAGGAAGUACGGUGUGGAAGUGCGAAGGAGACCAUGCAUGAAGAUUCCUUUUUCAACUACGAUUAGACUUGGGGAAGUUAGACGCAUUGCUACGGCAGCACUCACACAAGUUUUGCCGGAUAAGUACAUCCGUUCGUUUAUCGGGAGACGGGUUAGAGUGGUACUUAAGAAGAGGAUCACUGUGGGAGGAGUUCUUCACAACCACUGGUCGUUUGCAGAGAAAAGUGUGGGGAUAUGUGUAUGUCAAGAUCUGGAUUUACCCAGGAUUGAGGGGCAUGUCCAGGUUAGGAUUGAACACAUUCCUGGUGUCCCAACGUUUGUGGUGAACUCAAAGAACAUCACAAAGGGAGUGGGGCUAUCGGGAAUGAUGGUGGCGGAGUGUAUCAAGGAAGGUUUGAGGCCAUGGUCGAAAGGGAAGGUCUUGCAUCUGGACCAAGAUGAGAUUGGGAGGUGCGUUGAGGCCCGGAGGGCCGACUGUGGCAAAGCGAUGUCAGCGAGUGAAGUGAGGGAAGCCACAGCAGCUUACCAGAACUUGGUUGCCGUUCCCAUCGACAGGAACCCKGGCGCCACACUGCUCUUGUGCCCGCAUCUGUAUAUUAAGGCGUGUAGGGAGACGUUCAACCUCAGUGCRAGUUAUGUUGAGGAYAGGCGAGUCGAGAGUGARAUUCUAGCGGAGAUGAAGGAAGAGUACGGGGAGAAAGGGUUACGGAGGAUAGCCAGGUGGCAAUCUGCAGGCAAAGUUGGGCAAGCUUAUGUCCUGCCGAAGGACAAAGAUCUCCAGAGGUGGAGACCCAUAUCGCCAUGCACCAAUGAUGCUGCGAGAUUGGCCGGUUCGAGAGUAGGGAAGGCGAUUAGGUACAUGCUGUUUUGUUUGGAUUGGCGGAGCCACUUUGAUCUCAAGUUGAUGGAUGAACUUCGAGAUGUGUGCGAGCGGAUGGAGGGGAGGCUAGGGAAGAUUGCGGAUGCUGCAUUUGCCAGAAGUUUCGACGUGAAGGACAUGUUUGCCAGAUUAUCUCAUCGUAGCAUUAUGGAGGCAAUCGCCUUGGUGAUUGACUACCACCAGAAGAGGGGGAUGGUUGGAGUGAAGGUAUGUGCAAGGGGGAAGGUGUGUGCCAUGACCAAGAGAGCAAGGAAAGAAGGAGGCUUUAUCUACAUCAAUUUUGAAGACCUCCGGUCGUAUGUGGAGUUUGAGUUGAGCCACACUUUUGUGAAGAGCGCCGGGGGGAUGCUACGACAAGUAUUCGGCAUUCCUAUGGGGAGGAAUUCAAGCCCAGCCAUACCGUGCUUGGUGUGUGCUUGUGCCGAAGCCAAGUUCAUGCGAUCGCUUGGGAGGAGAGUUGCGUGGGUAAUGGGAUUACGCAUGAUCGAUGAUGUAGCCAUUAUAGCUGCAUUCAAAUCGGGAAACGAAGAAUCGGCGCGAGAUGCCGAAAGGAUGAUGGAGGACUUUGAGACCUGCUAUGAUCGGCAACUCUCGUUGGUCAGGAAAGAUGAGGGGAAGAACUGCUUUGAUUUCCUGGGUACUCGAAUUUUCGUGAUGAUUCAGCUUAUAAAGAUUGUCAUCCAUCCUAGGACCAGGAAUCAAGUAUCCCUUGCAGAAAGAGGGACGUUGGCAAUUCAAUCGUUGCAGGAUUACUGUUCGUUUUCAAAGAAAGCAUGCAAGAAAGCGACGGUAUUCUCGAACUUGAUCAGGAUGUCGAAGAUUGCCAGCUCAGACGAAGCGAUGAAGCCUGCCAUAGCUGCUCUAGUUAUGGAAACUCGCCUCCGGGGAUAUCCCCCGGAGGUCUCUCUCGGUGCUCUGGCGCGGUUGUGCUCCAAGGAGCUUGAUGGGGCCAUCAAUCGGGCCGUCAAUCAUUUCAUCCAACCAUCAGACGGCUCCCGGUGCAAGCAUGUCAACGGGGAGACCUUGUACGCCAUUUACAAGGCACAAGGAAAGAGCAAGAUCCCACAGAAACUGUUGAGCAGACUGGAUGCCCACAUGCGGGAGCUUGGGUACCCGUCCUCGACACCGAUUGGAAUGGGCCUGGAGGACGAGGUCGUUGAGGAUGGUUGUGAGGAGGAUCCUUCUGGGGAUGUGCCGUUAGCGGAGGGCAGCAGGCUUGAGCCAACACCUGCAGGAGAUGCGCGCUCUGAUGCCUACAAGAAAAUUGAGAAGGUCAUGGGUGACGCAGCCAGGGCAAAGAAAGUGCUGACGCUGCCGUCUUACGACACAUUGAGGACUGAUGAGCUGCAGGGAAGCUACAAGAAGACUGACACCAACAUGGAUGAGAUCAGGUCCACAUGGCCUAAAACUGGAUACACUCUCAUGACGGAUGGCACGACCACAACCAGCAACAGGCCGGUGAUCAACUUCCUUGCCGGAGGAGACAAGGGUGCAGUGAUGGUGAAGAGCAUGGAUAUGGAAGGGAAGGACAAGUCAGCACCGGCCUUGGCUAAGAUGUGGGAGGGGGUGAUCAGGGAGUUGGGUGUGAAGAACAUCAGCGCAGUAUGCACGGACUCUGCACAGGUCAACAUUUCUGCUAGGAACAUCCUUGCAAAGCAUCCUGACCCUGAAAUACGACAGAUCCCAAUGAAGAAUGCUCCUAUGGACGAUGACACCAGGAAGGUGGUGAUGCAGAAGGUGAAGCAGCGCAUGGAGAUGAUGGCGCUUCUCGUGCAUGCAGCAGGACAUAUGUUGCACCCUGCAAACCGUUCUGCUGAUCUGUUUGACAACCUGGAGGCCCCGGCUAUACACAACACUUUAGCCCACAUUGCGACGAUUUAUCCAGCUGGGACGCAAGCGUAUAGAGAAUGCUGGGAUUCACUGUUGAGCUUCCACCAGCGGGACCCGGGGUGGAUGGGUGAGAACUCAGAGGAAUACCUGUCCAGCAUGAGGAUCUCGAUGGCACAAUGGUGGAUGACUUAUGGAAAGAAACACAUCAAGUUGCAGGGCAUUGCCAUCAAGGUCCUCAGCAUGUGGACCACCACGUCCCCAUGCGAGAGGAAUUGGUCGACAUUCGACCUCGUGCACACCAAGAGGCGCAAUAAGCUGUCUCCUGAAACGCUGGAGAAGCUCGUCUUCAUGCAUUGGAACACCAAGCUUCUUCAAAUGUCGCGGUUGAAGAGAGCCGUGGCUGUUGGUGGGAGAUCAGCAUUGCAACGUAGCACUUGUGUUGGUGGCACGAGUUCAGCUGCUGAUCAUGUUCAUGGAAGCACUGCAGUUGGUGGGAGUUCGACCGUGCACAACAGCAGUUUUGGUGUUCCUUGUAGUCUGGCAAUUGGAGUGGACGGUGGUGUUGCUGUUGGUGUGACCGUGAGUGAUACUGGUGCAGGUUGCCCUGAGGACACAGCGGAUGUGCCUGCAGGGAAGGCCAGUGCUGAUCUUGAUGUCGACAUGAGUGACGCUGGCAGAGAGUGUCGUGAGGACACCACCACCAUCCCACCUGCAGCACAUUUGUUCGCUUCACUUAUCAAUUUCAUAUCCCCUGAAGAUUACACGAUUUCACCAUUGAGUUCGCCCCUCCAAACGGACAGCGAGGACAACAAUCCACCUCGGGAAAGAUUGACUCUCUCGCGUGUCCCACGGUUCGAUGAAGACAGCACGCCCUCACCAACUGCAGUACACAGGGGGAUGAACCCAAGUGAUGGACAGCAGCCUGCGGUCGAGGAUUGUGCAAGGAUUUCCCGGAAGAGAAUGUCCCCACCUGAAAUUAACCAAGAGGUUGUGCACACGGUAAAGAGCAUGGCUGGACGGAAGAAGGGAUCGAAGAACACCGAAGUGUCGAAGAAGAUGGAUGUGUCAAAGAAGAAGGACAAGUCAAAGAAAAAGGAAUGGCAGAAAGAGAAGGACGCGUCAAAGAAGCAGGACCAGUCGAAGAACAAGGACGCCGGAGAAGGCCCCUCGGAUUCUGUUCGCCGACCAGUUGGAAGACCACGACGAGCUCGGGCUGAGCCCGACCCCGACCCUUUGGAAAUGAAGAGAGCUAUCAUCAGAGCGGCAAAGGCGUCGAAAGCACUGAAAUUGAAGAAGAAAUUACAAGCUGCUCGCCAUUCGCCAACAAAAAGGGGUAGAAAGAGGCGGAGGGUCGUGGAUGACGAUUCUGCUUCUUACUCAUCUACCAUUCCAGCGUCCUCGACUUCAUCUUCCGAUGAGUCGUGCACCUCCUCUAGGGAUGGGAAUUUCCAUGUAAUCAUAAUGCUAGAUCCAAGCAAUCAGCAGGAUCUUGAGGAGGCCAACCGACUCAGCAGUGCCAUGACUCACAGAGCAAUCGCUAUGGACGGGACAUGCACAGGAGAGCAUGGCAUAGGAGUGGGUAAAAUUAAGUAUCUGGAGGAGGAACUGGGCUUUGAAGCGGUGAAGAUGAUGGCGACUCUGAAGCGGGCGCUUGAUCCUGACAAUAUUAUGAACCCAGGCAAAGUACUUCCAAAGCAAUAUUGCUGCUAACGUUAAUCCACCACAGUUUGCUCAGAAAGGUGCACCCCCUACUCCCUGAGUCCUACCGAGUGUCUACCACUCAGGACUAUCACCCUUCACCACUUCAUUCAGUCUUUUAUGUAUAAAUGACGAAGUAGGGCAAAGCAAAGCAAAGGAAAGGAAGGCAAAGGAAAGCUGAGCCAAGAGUGAGCUCGAAGUAUAUCAAGUAAAGCUUCUGGAUGUUC